UCUGCCCAAAGCAAAAUCCUUUUUGGCAAUGUCCAUGGCUCGUUUUUGAGUGUUAAGCAUAACACAAACACAUUGGUCCAUUUCACUCUUGGGGGUCUCUCUCUCUCUCUCUCUCUCUCUCUCCCAAGCUUAGAACAAUUCCCAAUCUGAAGCAAACCAUAUCGUAGUCCAUUUGAAGCCUCAAUUUCCUCUAAUGGAGAACAUUCAAGAGCAACAACAAGAGGGUGUCAUGAAAUCUUCAAGAUUCAAACGUAUCUGUGUUUUCUGUGGUAGCAGUCCUGGGAAGAACCCAAGUUAUCAGCUUGCUGCUGUUCAACUUGGAAAACAGCUGGUUGAAAGAAACAUCGACUUGGUUUAUGGAGGAGGGAGCAUUGGUUUGAUGGGUCAGGUCUCACAAGCUGUUUAUGAUGGUGGUCGCCACGUGUUGGGAGUAAUUCCCAGAACUCUCAUGCCAAGAGAGAUCACUGGAGAGCCUGUGGGAGAAGUAAGAGCUGUAUCUGGUAUGCACCAGCGCAAAGCUGAAAUGGCUCGCCAAGCUGAUGCCUUUGUUGCCUUGCCAGGUGGCUAUGGUACCUUAGAAGAACUCUUGGAAGUGAUCACUUGGGCUCAGUUGGGAAUUCAUCAGAAACCAGUGGGGUUGUUAAAUGUAGAUGGGUACUACAACUCACUGUUGACCUUCAUAGACAACGCUGUGGAUGAAGGUUUCAUUGACCCUGCAGCUAGGCACAUUAUUGUUUCUUCCCCAACAGCUGAGGAACUCAUGUGCAAACUAGAGGAAUAUGCACCGAAGCAUUCUGGGCUAAGUUGGGAGAAAGAGCAACAACUGGAAUACACUGCAAAGUCAGACAUUGCUCGUUGACAAUGAAGAAGAAAGGAUCCAACCGUUCCUCAUCAAGUUGAAGUUGAAUUGUAUACAUUAUGCGCGGCAAUGCCAAUGUCGUGGAGGAUGUAUAACCCUAGAUUACUGCAGAGUUCUCUAAAAUACACUAAACCAGUCAACCCUUGGAGAUCAGAUGUGAGCUCCAUUAGAUGAAAGUAGUAGUAGUGCCUACCUAUACCGUUGUUUUAAUUAGCUGUGAAUCAUGCUUCAUUUGAAUCUUUUUCUUAUUAAUUCCCCCCGUGUUUAGUUUGUUAUUUCGGGUUCCUGACCUGGAUCGCUAACAGUGAUUUCAUUAACUAGUU